AUGACGACGGUUAAUGACUGCAUACAUUCGGAUAUUCUCAAAGGCCGUACAAAUCGGAAGUUGGAGCUGCAGGAAUCUUCAAUUAAACUACUUUGCCCAAAUCUCUCAGCUAUGAUACGCUCACGUAACUGCAUACAUAAUCGUAGUAAUAGAAUGAGUAACAACACUAACAACAACAACAACAAUGACACCUCCCAUCAAGACAAUGACAACACAAACACCAACUAUGGUAGUCUAUAUGCGGGCUACUAUGCGAGCUGCACGCCAUCAAGUGAAGAGUCCUCCAGCAGUGGUGGCACAAGCACAAACAUCAACUCACUGACCAACUCCACGGCAUCGUUGGUAACAAACCAACACGAAAAACGCUACGAGUUUAAAGCAAUUGAACGUAACCCCUAUAUGUUGGCAAAACCGAAUGCAAUGAGAACCUUAGACGUACAACGUCCACCGUGGGCUCAAACUAUGUGCACAGCAUAUCAAGAGGCCCAAGUGCCACCUUUCGUUACGCCCAGCACAGGUCGAAAACUGCCACCAUUUCCUAAAUUACAGUAUCCUGGCGCUGCAUGGUCGCGUCACGACGAUGACGUUGUCGGCGAUACGCCCACAGACAGACCGAAUUUGAAAGCGUUGCAUGUCGGCCACCACAACGGUGGGGAUUUGGGUGUGGAGAAGGAGGCGUUCCAGCAACAGCUGCAGCAGCAAUUAAUACCAGCAUCAAAGUCACAUUCAAUGGCCUUCGGUAUACGUCGCAUGCGACGACCACGUCAAUGGGUGGCACCAGCCUUAAAGCGGCUUUCGCGCAUCGAGGCGCACGCUAUGAAGUUGGGUGUACUGCGUAAAGGACGUGCAUUCAUUUUGGAGUUUCUGCAAGGUUCCUCCAUACAUGGAUUUAUCUAUUUGGCGAAAAUCGGUCUGAGCUUUGUAGAGAGAAUGCUUUGGUUCGCCUUCAUUUGUGUGGCACUCUUCGCCAUUAUUUCAUUGAGCACACGUACUUGGGAACGUUUUCAAACUUCACCCAUGGUCAUAUCAAUGGAUCGUAAUAAAUUGGUUUGGAAUACGAGUUUCCCCUCGCUCACCGUCUGUCCGCACAAGCGUACCGAUGAGUUGAAAGUUGAAGAUUACAUGGACAAUUAUCCCAAAACCUUUCAAACCGAUCAAGAUCGUGAUGACUUCCGCGUAUUCAUCGAACGGCUGGCUCGUCUCACUUAUGAAAAUAUUGAGACGCUGCCGCGUAAUAAAACUUUUGGCAUACCGAGCAGCAAGUAUUUGGAUUUAUUAUAUGAGCUCAAAUGGAAUUUCGAACCGGAGAUGAGUAGUGGCGCCGCUGUGCAGAUGUAUAUCUAUGAAACGCUUACCGAGUUUGGGAUUUGUCAUUCGGUAAACUCGCUUGUGGCGCGCUAUAAUUCGUAUGACUAUUGGAAACGCAAUGAUUGGAAUAUCUUGGAUCAUGGUGACCGCGUGACCGUACAUCCUUUGGAUGGUGAAAUUUAUGCGCAGAUUAUCAAUCUCUCUACGGCAUACGAUGUCUACUUUCACGGCGCUGGCGAUAUACCGAAUAUAUCUAAGCAACGCUACACUUUUCCGGAAACCGAUUACACCACAGUCGAAUUAAUCGCGUUGGAGAUUUAUACAGCCGAGGAGGCACGAGCCUUCACCACCAAACAACGCAAAUGCCGUUAUCAAUACGAGGCCGAUGAGAUGCUAACAUCGCCCAUUUAUAGUUUCGGCUUAUGCUUAGCCGAGUGCCGCAUGUUUUUCGCUUUGAGAGUGUGUGGUUGUGUACCACAUUUCUAUCGUAACCGAUUGAAAACAGGCCGUAUUUUGCCAAUUUGCGAUUUCGUUGGCUUGUCCUGUUUGGCGGAUAUAAAAAGAGAAAUCAUCUCGCUCAAGUCCAGCCGGCAUAAAAUCGAUUGUCAUUGCCUGUCAAAUUGCGAUGACUCCAAUUUCUUUGUGCAAUCCUAUCGCUCCAGAGUUUGGUUCUUGGGUGCUAAUCUACAAUGGGGUAUUAUAGACUAUCCGAAAAUGCAGCUGAGACGUGAUGUGCUCUUCUCGUUCGCUGAUGUAUUGGUUUAUAUCGGCGGCCUGAUCGGUUUCUUUCUAGGCUGCAGUGCUUUAAGCUUUACGGAGGUCAUUUAUUACUUCACAGUUCGUCUUGUUAAGAGAAUGUUUUGGAACUAG